ACCGUUUAAUUCUUCCUGAUCUUAGGGUACCUAGUAUUUUGUCAGUCAAAUUCGCAUUAUUCAAUUGGUAUUUUUCGUCGAUAAGAGUGGUAUAUUGGACAUUUGUAUAUUUGGUCACACAGCUUACUAAGCAGUGAAAAUUCUGAGGUGAUUGUAUUGUGUGGUGUGUUCAUACCCAAUUAACUUAAUUAAGUUAAAAACAGUGUUAGGCGCACUUUAAACAAACGUGAGGAAAUCAACCCGCUUACUAAAAAAGCCACGUAUAACGGCCCGCCGGUAAAACCCGCACCUGUACGGAAAUAUGGCAACCGCAGCUAACACGACAGCUGGAGCAGCAAAAGACGGUGCGCCUGCAGCUAAUGCACCAGCGCCUGCAAAGACUUUAUCCGGCAUUGUGAAACAAGUUCUCUCAGGAGACACUGUUGUUAUACGUGCGACUAAAGGUGCCCCUCCACCGGAAAAACAAAUAACUUUUUCGCAUGUGCUUGCACCUAAGCUGGCGCGCCGGCCUGGCGCUGGUGGCGACGAGACCAAGGACGAACCCUGGGCUUGGGAAUCGCGCGAGUAUUUGCGCAAGAAAUUGAUUGGCGUAGAAGUUACUUUUACCUAUGAUAAACCCGCGAAUUCCAACCGUGAAUACGGUUUCGUGUGGGUCGGCAAGGACAAAGAAACUGGUGAGAACGUCGUUGAGUCCAUUGUGCGUGAGGGGCUCGUAACAGUCCGCCGUGAGGGUCGUCCUACGCCAGAGCAGCAGACGCUUAUUGAACUGGAGGAUCAGGCACGUGCUGCCAACCGUGGCAAAUGGGCGCAUAACGUGAACGCUGCGGACAAAGUGCGGAACAUUAAAUGGGCCCAUGAGAAUCCAGCGCAUAUCGUUGAUAUUUAUGGCGGCAAACCUGUUAAGGCAAUCAUCGAGCAUGUGCGCGAUGGCUCAACUGUGCGUGCCUUUUUGCUCCCCGAUUUUCACUAUAUUACGCUCAUGAUAUCAGGUAUUCGCUGCCCAGGUGUUAAAUUGGACGCCGAUGGCAAACCUGACCUCAGCGUCAAGGUUCCCUUUGCCGAUGAGGCUCGUUACUAUGUGGAGACACGCCUACUUCAGCGUGAUGUCGAAAUCAGGCUUGAGUCUGUUAACAACUCUAACUUUAUUGGCACAAUUUUAUACCCCAAGGGCAACAUUGCUGAAUCGCUGCUGCGCGAAGGCUUGGCCAAGUGUGUGGACUGGUCUAUGGCUGUGAUGAAGACAGGAGCUGACAAGCUGCGAGCUGCCGAACGCAUCGCCAAGGAAAAGCGUCUACGUCAAUGGCAGGAUUACCAAGCGAAAACGCCUACUUUCAACUCAAAGGAGAAGGAUUUUACAGGCACCGUUAUCGAGGUCUUCAACGGCGAUGCUAUCAACGUGCGCCUGGCAAAUGGUCAGGUGAAGAAGGUAUUCUUCUCUUCCAUUCGUCCCCCACGUGACCAACGUGCUGUAGUUGGGACAGAUGGUGAAGAAAUCGUGAAGGCUCCGCCACGCGGCAAAAACUAUCGUCCACUUUAUGAAAUUCCGCACAUGUUCGACGCGCGUGAGUUCUUGCGCAAAAAGCUUAUUAACAAGAAAGUGCAGUGCAAUCUGGACUACAUCUCCCCACUGCGCGAUAACUUUCCGGAAAAGCACUGUUACACUGUUCUUAUCGGUGGACAGAACGUUGCCGAAGCAAUGGUGGCAAAGGGUCUUGCGACGUGUGUACGCUACCGUCAGGAUGAUGACCAAAGGUCAUCUGCCUACGAUCAACUGAUUGCCGCCGAGCAACAAGCUAUUAAAGGUCUAAAGGGUCUUCACGCCAAGAAGGAUAAUGCGACGUUGCGUGUCAACGAUCUGACUGUCGACCAUUCCCGCAUAAAGGUGCAAUACUUGCCUUCCUGGCAACGUGCUUUGCGCACAGAAGCCAUCGUUGAGUUCGUUGCCAGCGGAUCACGCUUGCGCUUGUACGUACCGAAAGACAGUUGUUUGGUUACCUUCCUACUCGCUGGCAUAUCGUGUCCACGUUCGUCGCGUCCUGCUCUCAAUGGCGUCCCAGCACAGGAGGGAGAACCCUUUGGGGACGAGGCACUCACGUUUACACGUGAGCGGGUGUUGCAGCGUGAUGUUUCCGUGCAUAUUGACACCACGGAUAAAGCGGGCUCAUCAGUUAUUGGCUGGUUAUGGACUGAUCAAAAUGUCAAUCUAUCAGUGGCCCUUGUCGAAGAAGGACUAGCUGAGGUCCACUUUAGUGCCGAGAAAUCUGAGUACUACCGACUCCUCAAGAGUGCCGAAGAUCGUGCCAAGGCUGCCAAAAAGAACAUUUGGGCUAACUACGUAGAACAAGUGCCUGAAGAGAAGGUCGUCAUUGAAGAGGAUAAGGAUGAGAAGGUUCCGAUAGAACGCAAAGUGAACUAUGAGAAUGUAAUCGUCACUGAGAUCACCGAGUCGCUGACGUUCUUCGCCCAAUCCGUUGACAACGGUCCUAAGUUGGAGACAUUGAUGAGCAAGCUGCACGCCGAUUUUCAGGCUAAUCCGCCUAUAGCCGGCUCGUAUACACCCAAGCGAGGCGACUUGGUAGCUGCCCAGUUCACCUUCGACAAUCAAUGGUAUCGCGCUAAAGUAGAACGCAUUCAAGGCAACAACGCUAGUGUCCUGUACAUUGACUACGGUAAUAAGGAAACUCUUCCUACAAGCCGGUUGGCUGCAUUGCCACCUGCCUUCAGCAGCGAGAAACCCUAUGCUACCGAAUAUGCACUUGCCUUAGUCGCUCUGCCAGCAGACAAUGAGGAUAAAGAGGAAGCUUUGCGUGCCUUCUCCGACGAUGUGCUGAACCACAAGGUGCAGUUAAAUGUUGAGUUGAAGGUUGGCGGUGGUCCCCACCUAGCCACCCUACACGAUCCAACAACGAAGACGGACUUUGGAAAGCAGCUCGUUGCAGAUGGGCUUGUACUGGUUGAGAAAAGACGUGAGCGUCGACUAAAGGAGCUUUUGGAGCAGUAUAGGACUGCACAAGAUGCUGCAUUGGCUGCCCAUUUGGCCAUUUGGAAGUACGGUGACAUUACGCAGGAUGAUGCGCCUGAGUUCCGCUAGAAUACGGCUCAAAGCGUGCUGCAGUAGGCAGGCGGCGUGUGGAGCGCGCGCUGCUGGCUGAAAUGUUUGUCUGCCACAUACCCGCCCUUUAUACAUUACAACAACAAGCUACAACUUAAUGAAUAUGAAAUUACUAAUUCUAUAAACACACCAAUUUAUAUACAUAUAAAAAUAUAUGAUGCGUAUAACCAGAUUAGAUACAUUUGAGAAACAGAAAACAAUAUGGAAUGGAGGAAAGGUUAAAACUUGAAACAUUUGUAUGCUUUAAGCAGCUGGCAAACCGUUGUGCAUUCGGUUUUACGGUUUUUAAAACAUUACUAAUUCUUUAAAAACAUAAAACAACGUAAACACGUAAACAAAAACUAGCAGCAAUUGACCAUUUUGUAAACGGUUAACUUCUAAUAAAAUAGAAUCAAAGUAAAGUCAA